UCUCUUUUUCUACUUUUCUAUUUUUAGAUUUGGAUAUCGGAUAACACGAUGGAGAAGAUGCCGAUGUGGUGUCCACCGACGCCCCCUCAGGAUGAUAACGAUAUAUAUGUGGAUUACUCACUGGGUUUUUUAUAUGAAAGGGAGAUCAUUCCCGAAUCCCAAUUACCGGCGGUGUACGUUAAAAAAGAAUACAAACGCAGUCGUUCAGAGGCAGGUUUCUAUCCGGACGGACGGCGUCCAGUAAAAAUCCGAAAGGAAGAUACCUACUAUGCCCCUCGAUCGCUUUUCGAUCGGCCAACACCGCAGAUUGCCAAACUUCGCAAAGAUUAUAAAAUGCAGCGAUACAAAGGUAUUAUAAAGCCAUUUCCGAUGGCGGGUCUGAAACCCACGAUGCCUGUUAAGCAGCUGGUAGAGCCCGAAGGAAUGCCUGAAUGGAUGAUCCACGAGGAUAUGGCCAUGCUAAACGUGAUUCAAAACUUGCAAGGCUUACCGUUGAAUUUGAUGCUAGUCUCGCCCGGUCACACGCCAAACUGGGAUCUUGUCGCAGACAUUGUUAACCAAUCUUCGAGAACAUAUCGGCUGCCAAAACAGUGUCGCUAUCGCUACGAUACCGUAAUUAUUCCACGUGAGGAGGGAAAACUGUUGGAAAGUCCUAAAAAGCAAAAGAAGAGCAAAAAUCCACUGAAACAAUCACCUUCCAAAAGUAUGCGAGCAAUGCGAACUGCUCAACUUUUUACUGGCGACGGAAAUAAUUCGUACAUCAAACUCGCCAGGCAGAAAUUCGAUAACAUAAAGUUGGCAUUCAGUAAAAGGGCUCCUCAGCCGAAGCAAAUGAUUGCAAAUCCGCAGCUGAAGAACCCCAAACACGCUGCAGUCCUGGUCGAGUACGGUAUUUCCAAUUACGAUACUCCGUUGACGCCGGUUGAAAUUGCUACUAGACGUGCCGAACGAAUCUCCAAGGAGAAACAGAAAAAUGCGAUACUGAUGCAAGGGCAAGAACAAUUAGCAGCUCAACAGCAACAACAGCAUGCACAACAACAAGCUCAUCACCACCAACAACAGCAGCAACAGCAACAACAACAGCAGCAGCAACAACAACAACAACAACAGCAGCAGCAGCAGAUUCAAGUGCAGGUCACGCAACAGGUCCAGCAGGUUGCUCAACCUCAACAGACAACACACGUCAUUCAACAACAGAUUCCUCAACAAAUCCAAAUCCAGUCUCACGCACAGCAGCAUGUGUCAUCAGCGACAUCCGGAAGCCAAGUACAGCAGACAACGAUUGUCGUGAGUGGAGUCGGUUCGAAUACUUCGCCCGCAGUGGCUACCCUAGUUCAGUCUCCAUCGAUCCAGACGGGACGGCCCCAACCGGUAGUCAAUAUCUGUUCCACACCGAGUCAGCAACAGAUCGUCAAAGCUAUUGUGGCCAGCCAAGCAAAUCAAAAUCUUCUCACACAACAACUGGCCGUCGCUCAAAAUAACUCUCAGCAACAAGUCUCGGUUGUUUUGACGACCCCGGUUACGACUAUGUCUGCUAAUUCGGUGCAGCUGUCUCAACCACAGAUCGUAUCUAUUCACCAGUCAGCUCCACAGAUAAUCCAAAGUAGCCCUUCGAUUACACAAUCCUCCAACACUAUUGUUCAAACACUGGCCACACCAUCAUUGCCGCAGGGUGUUUCAGUUGCACAGUUGGCUACCGUGGGAACCGUCAUGACAACCGGAAGUCCUAUGUCUCAGUCACAGGUAGCGACAUUGACAACAUCUGCGCUGAGAGCACAACGUAUUGUGGCACCACCUGGAACUCUGCAAGAAGUGGUUCUUCAUCAACGGUCUGGUUCUCAGAGUCCGACAGUUGUCAGUGUUAGCGGUUUAGGUCAAGGUUUGACGCAAGCUCAACUUCAAACAGCCCAGCUUCGGCUCUCCAUGGCUGGUCAGCAAGUUUCUGGUGUCGUGGCUAAAGGAAUAUCUGUUGGGACGGUUACUAGUGCUGGUAAACCAAUCAAUACGUCUCAAAUCCAGUUCUAUCGACAGCAACCAAUAAGGCAACAACUGAAAGUACUUCAUCCUGGUGCUGGCCAAGGAGGAACAACAACAGUGCUUCAACAAGCUGCCGGGCAGCAAACGUUAGUCAGUCCAGCAAUCAUUCAAGGAAAUAUUAUACAGACCGGAGGUCAGACAGUACAAGUUCAGCAAGCAGCACAAAAGGUAUCUGUAGCUACAGUUAGUACAGCAGUUGCCAGCGGAUCUGCAACACAAGCAGGAACCAUUGCGACCGUACAGGUAGCUCCAGGUCAGCAAAGAACACAAUUCAUCAAGCAAGUAGGCACGAAACAGAUGAUUACAACAAGGCAAGUCACUGAGAACGAAAUGCAAUUAAUGGUCAAACGACAGAUCAUCAGCCAACAGCAUAAGCAACAGUUGAUACCACAGACGCAAAUUUUUGCUCCAGCUAAUCUUCAAGUUCAGCAAGCUGGUACUUCCGGUGGUCAGCAGAUUGCGACAUUGGUUAAGACUUCAAGUGGUACUGUGGCAGCGACUGGCAUGACACUUUCGCAGGUGAAAGCAGGACAGAUUAAGACUAUCAAUAAUCAAAAUCAAGUUCGACAACUUCAGCUUCAACAGCAAAUAAUAGCUGCGCAGCAACGUAAAAGUGGUGGAAAAAUGACUCAAAUUACUCAGGUGGCCGGAAAAGCAGGCCAACCAACACAACUUUUUGUUCAAGGUCCAAAAAAUCUCCCAGCUGGAACAGUUACUGUUCAGCAAAUACAACAAGUAAUCAGACAUGCCCAACCAGCUUCGUUAGCAAGUGGAGGCCAGAUUGUAUUGGGUAAGACAAGCGUAGGAAGAGUUAUUCCCGUGUCCGUCUCCCAGCAGGUUAAUCAAAGACAAACGAUUCAGGUGGUGACAGCAACAUCAGCUGCCCAAGCAAUAGCGGCAGGUAACAUCCGAACACACGUGCCAACCCAAAACAUAGGAACGAUAAAGGUCGCAGCGGGAGCAACACCCGCCCAGCAACAACAGGCAAUUUUGACAGCGCUUCAGAAUCAACAGAACCAACGUCAAAAUGCUAGCCCAGUUCGGUUACAAACUUCCAGUGGCUCGCUAGUUGCUGUGACUGUUCAACAACCGCAAGCAGUAGUGGCAGCUCAAAAUACUGAACUGCAGCAAACUCAACAAAUGACAACCGGACAGUCGCAACAAUCACAAACGACCACACAACAAGUGCUGCAAAUCCAGACACAACCACAGCAGAUUAUAACAGCUGCAGCAACCGCCGUCUCCGGUGCAGUAGCUGAUGGAACUGCUACUAUAGUGCAAGCCCAGCAACAAUCACAGCUAGUUGCGCAGCAGCAACAGCAACAGUCAGCCGCAGUGCAGCAACAGCAAUAGAAGCUAGUACGGAACAUAUGAGUUUAUAACAGAAGCCAUCCGGUAGAAACUGGUCCUACAUUUUGACAGGAUUUGCUACCAAUUCUUGGUAUAUUGGACAAUUAUAGCAGAGCAGCUACAAUGAUCCUAGAAGCCAAGUUGCUUUGUGUAUUAGUAAGAUCCAAAAUGAGUUUUUCUGUAACUUAGCAAGGCCCAACGACAAUGAGUUCCUCAAGCGAAGGAAAUAAUAGAAAAGUAUCUUGUGUAACACACCUGUUUAGACAUAACCGAUCGAAAAAACAAUUUAACUGAGUAGUUUUUAUUUUUAGCAUAAUUAUAGCUACCUGCCGCGAUUGAAGGAUAUUCUUACCUAGUACUUCAACAAAUUAUACACUAUUAACUUCGAACGAUAUUCAUAACAAGUCUAAUUUGUAAUUUAAUUUUCGAUAUAGCGAUUGAUCGCAUAUGUUAUUGUGAUUAAAAAUAGUUUUGUACUAUUAUCAAAAUUGUUUCGAUUGGGAACUAUUUCAACAGUAUUAUGGUCAGAUUGUCAUUUUAACAAUACUUUACAGAAUGUUUCUUUAUGUGAAACGAAAAGAUAGGUUUAACAUGAUGAAUGCAAACUUUA